CGAUGUUUUUUCUUGUUCCCCCUAGUAACUCAUUUGUAUAUCUCUCUUUCAUUUUUAAAAAGUAUCCUAGUCAAAAAGCUUGAACAUGACCAAGCUUUCACUUUUCAGAAAGUUUUAAAAACAAAUACACUCAAAUAAUAUUUUAUAUCCUUUCCGUAAGGUAGCUCUUCGAUCACAUAGUUCCUGUCAUUUUUCGAAAAAAAGCUCUUUUGACAAACAAUUUAAAUUUCAAAAUAGUGUCAAGAAUAUAAACAAAAUUUAUAUCCCAAGUUUAAAAACAGCGAUUUUGUGAUAGCUAUAUUUAAAUUGACGCUAAUUGUUUUUUUUUUUUGCUGGAAUGGAUCCUGAAAGGACUUGGAAUGAAGCUGACGAUGAAGCUUUGAUUACAAUCAUUCAAGAAAACCCAACGCUUUGGGAUAAAUCACGAAAUGAUUUCCGCGAUUCGAAAAAGAAGCAACGAAUUUUCCAGCAAAUUUCUCAGCACUUUUCCGGCUUUAGUGCAAUGCAACUUGAAAAAAGGUUCAUUGCACUUAAAGAAAAGUUGCGAAGGGAAAAGAAAAGAGAAGAUGCUCUGACAAGAUCUGGAGCUGGAGCUAGGAACUGGAAAUCCUGGUAUUUACUACCAAAAUUGGAAUUUUUAAGGGAAACAAUGAAUACUCGGCCAACAGUGAGUUCCAUUCCUUCUUCUUUAGUGAAAUCAAAAACUUCAUACCCCGGCUCGUCUUUGACUGCAGCACAAAAUAUCAUUUCGCCAACACCAAAUACAUUGACCCCCUCUCCUGCAGCAACUCCUUCUUCUUUGGAAGCAAAUAAUGUCUCUGAAAACUUAACGACAGAAAUUUCUCAAACAGACAACGAAAGGUGUCCACCAAACAAUUCAAAAUCCGCUAACAAAAUCCGGGAAGCAUUAUAUGAAGAGAGUCGAGAAGCUAUAAGAAAAAUAGCUGAAAGUGUUUCACAACCAAAAUCGCAGUCGGUAUCUGAACCAGAAGACAUGAGAACAAACCACUUCAAAAUCUUUGAUUACAUGGCAAAAGAAGCUGUUGAGAUGGACCCUAUCGUAAAAACACAAUUUAUAAAAAAAGUGUUAGAUGUAUUCUGGGAGUUUAAGUUGAAAUAG